AUGUCAAAUAGUCUUAAUUCAAUGUACGAAUACUGGAAGGCUUUUGAACUCGUAAACAUUCAAAGAGAUCUUGACAAAGAUGCUGCAGAAAUAGCAACCCGUCAAGAUGAGAGUGAAGUUUCUAGGAAGAAGCUCGUUGAAAUGACCAAAGAAUUUAAACGGACCACCCCAGAUGAAAUUAAAAAAAUUGUGGCCCCACUGUUGAGACUUUUUCAAGCUGAAAUCGAUGCCCUAUCAAAGAGGAGCAAAAUCGGAGAGACUGCAUUCUUAAAUAUCUAUAAAAAGAUUUUGGAAAUUCCAGACCCAACAGUAGCUUUGGAGUACAGUUUACAAUUGCAGAAGAGGGCAUCAAGGUUACCCGAACUAGAACUGAUCAACAAGCAAUUAAAAGAUAGGCUGGAUGAGUAUAAUAGUGAAUUUGCUGAAGUUAAAAAUCAAGAAAUAACGGUGAAACAGUUGAAGGAGAAGAUAAAAGAGUUUGAAGACAAGAUGGAGAUGCAGGCUAAUGAGAAAGAGCUGCAGAGGAACUACGUAGAGAAAGAAAAAAAUUGGAUUGACAAGCAGACUGAUCUGGCAAAGAAACUUGGAGAGGCCGAACACAGAGUUAAUACUCUUCAAUCUGCUCUCAAUUCAGUGCAGUCUGAUUUGUUUGAUGUCAAGGCAAAACACGACGAAGCGAUGGCGGCGAAAUCUGACGAGGUUGACCUCCUCAUUGGUGACCUUGAGAGGGCAAACGAGCGAGCACUGACUGCAGAGAGGUUGCUGGAGCAGCUGCGCAAUCUGGGCGACAACAACGACGACCACAACCUAGCUACCGUUAUUAAGGACAGCAAUGACGUCAGCAGUGGUAGGGAUGUACACAGACGCGAUGAGCUGUCGGCCGGCCAUGCCAUUGAUAUUUUGAAGAGGGCUAGCUUAGAAGUUGAACUGGCUGCUAAAGAGAAGGAGGUUUCUCAGUUGGUUGAGGAUGUACAACGCCUUCAACAAAGGGUGAACAAGCUUCGAGACUCAAGCUCCUCUCAAUUGGCCAGAUUGGAGGAAGAGCUGGCCAAUAAGAAUGAAGCAUUCGAUAAGUUGCAGGCGCUGCUUAAGAAGCAAGAAGAUUACGAUGAGAUUAGGAGAGAGUUGAGGGCUGAAACGAAAAGUUUGGAAACGCUGCUUUUGGAGAAGAACCGACUGCUACAGAACGAGAACACCACCAUCAAAUGCGCCUUCAACGAUGUAAAAGAGAGGUGCCAGAAGUUGCAGGAGCAGUACUCGGAUUCGAUCCGAAUGAUGCAGGAUCAGAAGAGGUUGAUACUGCAGCUGGAGGAAGAUCUAAGGAGUGUUAAUGCACUGUCUGUUAUGUUUAGAGGAGACGCAGAGGGUGAGGCAGUGACGACCAAUCAGACUGCAGACAUUGUGGCAAGCAUUGUUAAAGAGACUUCUACAAAUGUUUCAACCCUGUCAAAAACUACUACCGCAUCUAACUUAGAAAGUAGUAGGGACGCCGGAGGUGGUAAUGGCAGCAGCAGUAUUGGUGGUAGCGACAGCAGCAGCAUCAUCACCAGCAGCAGCAGCAGCAAAAGUUCGUCCGACGGCCUGAUAACGAUCAUACAAAAUCAGAGAGAGAGGUUUAGAUUGAGAGCCCAAGAACUGGAAACUGUGUCCCUAGUGCAGCAGCAGCAGAACCAGAUGCUUCAAAACGAGAUGGACAAGUUGAGGUCGGAUAAUUUGAAGCUGUACGAGAAGAUAAAGUUCCUACAAGGCUAUUCACACAAUGCUAAGGUACUGUACAAGUUGGCCUACACCGCUUCAUGCCAGAGAGAUUCUGCAGCUGAAGACUGGCACCAGAAGUAA